CACACUAAAACCUCUAGUACCUUCGUUUCGCUUCCUCAGUCGCCUACCUACUACAAUGGCCUUGCCUUUGCCUAUCUCUGGCACGCGCCACCUCACGCUCCUCCCACUUUUGUCCAGUUCCAUCUUAGUGGCACCUCCUCAGACUUCCUCCUCCGUUAACUGCAGCGGAUUUAGUUCCGGUUGCGAUGUGAUUGGAUCUCGGUUAGCUUGCUCGACCCGGUUCGUCUCAAUCCGAUGCCGAGCUAACCGGUCAGGCUCCGCUUACUCGCCGCUGAACUCUGGCUCGAACUUCAGCGAUCGGCCUCCGACGGAGAUGGCGCCUCUGUUUCCGGGGUGCGAUUACGAGCACUGGCUGAUUGUUAUGGAUAAGCCUGGAGGCGAAGGCGCGACGAAGCAGGAGAUGAUUGAUUGCUACAUCCAAACCUUAGCCAAAGUCGUUGGGAGUGGGGAAGAAGCGAAGAAGCGAAUCUACAAUGUUUCUUGUGAGAGGUAUUUAGGGUUUGGGUGUGAGAUUGAUGAAGAGACUUCUACUAAGCUUGAAGGUUUGCCUGGUGUUCUGUUUGUGCUUCCUGAUUCCUAUGUGGAUCCUGAAAACAAAGAUUACGGAGCUGAGCUGUUUGUGAAUGGAGAGAUAGUCCAACGAUCACCAGAGAGGCAGAGGAGAGUUGAGCCGCAGCCGCAGAGAGCUCAAGAUAGACCGAGAUACAAUGACAGAACUCGCUAUUCUCGCCGCAGGGAAAACACACGUUGAAAUGCGGCUUAAAGAGGAUAUACCGACACCUUAUGGAAGCAAAGGAAAGCUAGUAUGAUAGUGGUGACGAUGAAGAAGAUGAUGAUGUUGCUACCGGACGAAGUACUUUGCAGUGAAUCGACCAACAUUGGAUAUUGUUGAAAUGCCAAGUUUUGAUUGCAUGUAACUUUUUUAUAUAAUAAUGUAAAUUGUGCCUCCUUACAUUUGUGCAUUCAAGAAUUUAAAAAAAUGAAGUUGAAACCAUACA